ACAAAGUCAUUCGCUGUCCAACUCUCUCACACUCCAGUUUUAAUCUUAGCACCAUGAAGCUGAUCGCCCCAAUCGCCGCCCUCAUCGCCGCCGCAUCAGCCGGCCAAAUCUACUCCGGCCAAUCAGCGGAGAAAUACGCGCAGUCAGCCGAGCAGUACCAAUCAGCGCUCGAGUAUCAGCAACGCGGCUUGUAUUCUGACCACUCACAGGCGCCGCAGAGCUUCAGCCAUGAGGCGGUGCACUCCAGCAGACCAGCUGGGGAGAAGACCGCCAGGAUCCUGGGCUUCGAUGUGGAGAACAAUGGACACGAAUACAAAUACUCUUAUGAGACUGAAAAUGGAAUCAGAGCCGAGGAAGCUGGCCAAACUUCAGAGCACGGCGGCACCGUAGCCCAUGGAGCCUACUCCUACAAGGGUGAUGAUGGCCAGACCUACACCGUCACCUACACUGCUGAUGAGCAUGGCUUCCAUCCCCAAGGGGAGCACCUUCCCACACCACCACCAGUGCCCGAAGAGAUCCUGAAGAGCUUGGAGCAGAACGCUAAGGAUGAAGCCGCUGGUAUUUUUGAUGACGGAAAAUACAAGGAGCAGUCUGGCCACGGUUUGGCCAAUGGUCACCAGCAGCACGAAGCCAGUUACCAAUCCGUUGGCUACCAGGCCCCAUCCGGACAUGGAUCUGGCGCUAACCUGGCGUUCCAUGGUCAAUCGAACCAUCUGUCUGGCGCUGACUUAGCGUACCAUGCUCAUGCAGCCAAUGCUUUCUCCAGCCAAGGUUUUCAGGGUCAUUCUUCCGGCGCCCAAGUGGCAUAUCAAGCUCCCGUAAGCCAUGGUAUCCAGCUGGCGUUCCAAAUGCCUUCAGGCCAUGCAUCUGGCUCCCAGGCAUCAUACAACGCCCCAGUUCACAAACCAAACCCUCAAUUGGCCUACCACGCUCAAGCAGCUCAAUCGUCAGGAGAGCAAUUAGCUUUCCACCUUCCUUCAGGACACGGUUCUGGUGCCCAGUUGGCGUAUCAAGUCCCCGCUGGUCAUGCAUCAGGCUCUCAAAUGAUGUAUCAGGGAUAUGCUGGCAAUGCCCAUUCGGGUCUUGCUUCCAUUCCUGAAUUGGGGUAUCAUCAUUAAAAAAUCUUAUCGAUAGUUUGCUUGUAAUGUGUAGUGAGUGCAUAGUAUGAAUAUAGUGAAGUGAAACAACUAUAAUAAUUUCCAUAGGCAAAGUUUACGAUUUCGUAGGCGUAAUCAAUAUUGGGAAACACAAAUACUUUGACGCAAAGCUCUCAAUAACCAAAUAUUCUUAUUAAUCCGCAAUGUAAUGACAAGUGAUAUGGAAUUAAAAGUAAAAUUAUCAAUCAAUAGGGAAUAUGCAGACAAUUUUUUUAUUUUUUUUAUUCAAUUUUCACUUCAUUUUGAUGUAGAAAAAAAAUAAACCAUAGCUGUAAGAGUAGUAAUUACUUUUUUAUAAAAUUUUAAAAAUAGUGGUUUAAUUUGACGAGUUCAAACGCUCCUAUUUCUCGCGCGCUUGAUGCGUGACGUCAUAGGGCACACCUGUCAUUGUAUUGUUUACAUUGAGAGUUUGAUAGAUAACAACACGCGUAAUAAUCAUGGAAGAAGAAAAAAAGCCAUUUUAUAGAUAUUGCAUGGUACCAAUGUGUCCUAACAAUAUAAAAAGUACACCAGAUAAAGUGUUUUUUGCUGUUCCAAGAGAUCCAAACAUACGUAAACAAUGGUGUGAGGUUAUGCGAAGAGAAUAUAAUGUAUCUUCAAUAUCGCGUUUACAUUGUUGUGAAGAUCAUUUUAAUGUAAGUAUUAUAUUUGGACAAAUAACAUCUUGUAGUGUUCUAGAAAUUUCUAGGUUACAGAACUUUAUUUAAGUUCGUAACCUUAUUUACGAAUGUCAUAACAUGUUAGAAGAUUCUUCAUCUGAGCUAUUUCUACUUAUCCUAAGAUGCUUCACCAAGUGUUGUGUUUAUUUCAGAUCAAAGAAGAUACAGUAAAUUAUAUUAAAUACAAGCUCAUGAAGGAACAAGGCGAAAAAGUUAAAUUAUUCUUAAAUAAAGGAGUUAUGCCUCAUAAAUUUCAAUGCCAAAAACGAAAUGCUCCAGGACCACAGGAGAGAAUGUAUGAUUCUAAGAAGAAAAGAUUAUCACUUAUAAAUGAAUCUUUCUCCGAACCUGAAGUCAACAGUGAAAAUGUUUUAGAACGUGAAACUUCACAAACAAGUUAUUGUGAUGCCGGACCAAGUACUUCCUAUAUUCAAGGCUGUGAAAAUGAUCCAGUGAGGCCUAGUACCUCUGUUAUGGAUGUGUCUGUAAUAGAGCCCAGUACAUCCCAUGUUGAAGUCUCUACUAAUACAGAAAACUUCCUUAGUGACAAGUGUGUGCAAAUAAAUAUGAGACCAAACUUCAGAAGUAAAAGUGUUCAAGUUAAUUUAACAACAAAGAAGACUAAUGUAGCUUUAUCUCCUGUUCCCCUUCCAUCACAAAAUAUUGGAACUUCACCAAUAAAACCUGCAACAGCUGCGGUAAAAAGAAAUUUAUUUCCUACUAAGUCGGAUACAACAUCUAUUUCUUCCAUUUCUUCACAGAUAUCUCAUGAUUAUGAACCCUGUAGCUCAUCUGACUUAAGUUAUUGUGUGCAAGAUGAAUCAGCAGAUUCAGAUGAUGAAAAACAUUUUAAAAAUGUAAUGCGCAGUAGUAUGUUAAGUGCCAUAGAUAGAGAACCCAAAAUGUUACUAGGAUUACAUAAACAGUCAUAUCAUUUAAUAAAACUAUUAAGUGAAAACAUUCCACUUCCAACUGUAGACAUAUUAAUAACACUUAAGAAAUUGAAGUUAAAUGAAUCUUUUGGCAUACUUGCUUUACAUUUUGGCUACUCACAGAGCACUAUCAGUAGAAUAUUCAAUAAAAGUUUACCUUUAAUCGCAUCAAAAAUGAAAGACUUGAUUGUGUGGCCAACACCAACUGAGGUAUAUAAAAAUUUACCUAUAUCAUUUAGAGCUAGGUAUUCAAAUGUUAUUUCUAUUAUUGAUUGCUUUGAAAUCCAGAUUGAAAAACCUUCCGAUCCAGUCCACCAAUCACUUACUUGGUCACAGUACAAAAAAUGUAAUACAUUGAAGUAUUUAAUUUCAUGUACACCAGAUGGGUUGAUUAAUUUUAUAUCCGAUGGAUAUGGUGGAAGAGCUACAGAUGUCAUGAUAGUGCAAGACUGUGGUUACUAAGACUGUUUACCUCCAAAAAAAGCAGUUAUGGCUGACAGAGGGUUUAAAGACUUAUCACAUUUACUGGGAGCCAGAGACUGUACUCUCGUCCGGCCACCUUCUGUUUCACAGUCCAACCCAAGCACCAAAGAUGAAGUAAAGCAGUCAAAACGAAUAGCAGCUUUGAGAAUUCAUGUUGAACGUGUAAUAAAUAGAUUAAGAGAGUUUCAUAUGUUACUGCCUCAUGCUUGUGUAGACUAUAAUUUAAUACCUGUCAUUGAUGAUGCAAUAACAUUGGCAUGUGGUUUGGUAAAUAUUCAGGAUGUUUUAAUAAAAAAAUGAAUUAAGAAUGCA